CUGCACGGGGCAGGACGAGGGCACGUGGGUCUCAAGAUGCCCCAUGUCCUGGCCCCCCAGGCAUCCCCGCACCCCACCGCCCCAGCCUGGCCCUGCCGCGGUGGGGGGCGUGGGAAAAUCCACCGCAUCUCCCCCCGCCCUGUGGCCACGGGGACGGGGCUCCGAAGGGAUCGGGGGCUAUCAUGGUGUCUCCGUCCCGGGGGCACCCCGGUGCCCAGCCCGCCGUGGGGCUGCCAGGGGGGCGCUGGAUCCUGGGGCAGGGAAAUCUCCUCCGCGCUCCAGCCGGACACUGGCCUGGUGACCCCAGGCAGACGCGGCUCAUUGUUCCUGCUGUAAACAGGAUGCGUCUCCGGCCUUCCUGUUUCCGACGGGAGCAAAGCCCCCGCUGCCCGCAGCUGCAAGGGGCACUUGCCGUUGCCAGUGCUGUCCUUCCCUUCCUGCCUUAACCAGCGCCGUGGCAGGCUGGCACGUUGCACCCUGGCCUGACCCCCAUUGCACGGCCCCCAGGACCCCGCUGGACCAGAACCACGGGGCUCUGCCCCGGCGCAAGCGACCGGGCAGGGGGUGCCAGGCCUGUCUCCAAAGCGCGGCCAGGUUGGGGGGACAGGGACGGGGGUGUGAGCCAUGCCUGGUUCUCGGGGGCCCCGGCUGCAGGGCAAGCUGGACCCGGUUGCCGAGAGGGCGGAGGAGGCCGACGCGGCGGGCACGGACGAGCAGGACAUCCUGCGCUACGAGGAGCGCAUCACGCAGCUGCUGGUGACCAUCACCCACCUCCACGGCAAGGUCGAGCGGCUGCAGCAGCGCGGAGCCAGGGCUCUGGUGUCUUGCAGGGAGGACGAGGAGUACUCGGACCAGUGCUCGGAGUACACAGCCAGCCUGCCCAGGUGUGCACCGCAGCCCCUGCCCCCCCGGCUCCCGCCCCCCAGAGAAGGCGUCGGCCCCGACAUGUUCCUGGCCCUGCAGCAGGUGUUGGCGUCUCUGGAGCACACCGUGUCCGCCCGGCGCUGCUGUGUGCUGCAGCUCGCUGGGGCUGGAGCGGAGACGGGCACGGGCAGCGAGGAGCGGGCCCAGGUGGUGGAGACCCUGGAAGAACUCGAGCGAGGCCUGGGGCUGUCCCCGGGGCUCGAGAUGGCAGCUGUGCAGGCACCGGGGGAGAGGGUGGCUGAGCUGAGCCCAGAGCUAGGGGCAGUGGAGACCAGCUGGUAUGGGAAGGAAGCGGGCACGCUGGCCGAGAGGAACGUGGUGCUGCGGGCAGCGCUGGGCAGCAAGGAGCAGGAGCUGAGCCGUGCCCAGGUGACCCUGCAGGCUCUCCAGGAGGAGCGCGACAGGCUCCAGAGGAAGGUCAAGGAGCUGCAGGAUUCCCUCUACCAGCUCGAGACGCCCGGCCAGGCCUGGAGCCCUCCCGGCUCGGCCACCACCCCGAUCCGGGGAGCUGGCAGCCCUGUCGGGGAAGGGGACCCCUGGCUGCUCCAGGACCCGCUGGCCAGGGCACAGAGCCUGCUCCAGUGCUUGAAGGACCACCCGGCCAUGCAGCCCCUCUGCCGCCUCCUCCCCUCCGCCCCGGAGCUCUCCGGCAGGGAGCUGGAUGACCAGCUGCAGCAGCUGCGAGGGUGCAUCGAGCGGCUCAAGGGCCUGAACCACCUGCUCGUGGGCGCCCUGCGGGAGUGCAAGAGCGACUCGGAGCGGCUGAGCAUGCUGCUGGGGCAGCACGAGUCCAACAGCACCGCCUUGCGCCUGGCCGCCCAGUGCAGCGAGCAUCGCAUGGAGGCCUUGGAGGUGCUGCUAGCCCUGGCCAGGGCGAAGCUGGAUGCUGGGGGGUGCUCCCCAAGUGCAGCCCCUGUGGAGCACGCUUCGCAAGACACGGCCGCCGUGCUGGCGGAGGCCAGGAGGUUCCUGGGCAGAGCGGAGCCUGAUGGGCAGGAGGCAGCCGGCGAACCCGGCAUGUGUGGACAGCAAAGGUACCCGGGCAUCAAGGCAUGGCAGGGCCAGCCCCUGGGGACCAGGAUGGAGCCCCCAAGCUCCUGCAAGCGACCCAGCUCCCAGUGCUGUCCCCCCCCCUGCCUCUGCAGCCCACCCAGCCCCAGGGAGGAGGAGGAGGAGGAGGAAGAGGGGGUGCUGCGGGAGUAUCUCCAGCGGCUACAGGCGGAGCAGGCAGCCGUGGAGGUCUCCCUGCUGGAGCUGGGCUGCCCCGGGCCCCCCGGCGCCGUGACCCGGCCCAGCGACGCCAUCCGGGCCAAGGUGGAGCAAGCCGUCCAGGCCUCGCUGGCUGCCCUGCCCGGGGAGAGGCCCCGGCCGAAGCUGGACAAGACGCAGCUGCUGCAGGAGCUGGCAGCCCUCCAGGAGUCCAUGGCCGACGCAAAGACCCAGCUGCACCUGGCGGAGAAGGAGAAGCGGGGCCUGGAGCUGGGCACCUACACACUCGGCGCGCAGGAGGCCGCCUACCUGCUGCUCAUCGAGCACCUGCAGCAGGAGCGGGACGUGGGCUCCGGCCCCCCCAGCCCCGGCAGCAGCACCAGCGAGGGCAGCACGGGCAGCAGUGGGGCAGGGGAGGCCGAGGGCCGGAAGGCAGCUGCCGCAGCACCCCAAAGCCCCCAGGACCUGGGGAGGAUGACGCUGGAGCUGGCCCGCGCGCUGGAUCGGAGCAAGGCGCUGCAGGACCAAGCCCGGGUGCUGGCAGCCUCCCUGGAGCAGCUCAGCGCGGCCAGCCGGGCGCAGCAGGCCCAGUGCACCGGCCUCGCCGGAGACUUCUUCCAGGCGCACAGUGCGCUGGUGCUGGCCUACCGGGGCGCCCGCAGGAAGCAGGAGGCCCAGCUGCGGCGCCUGGAAGCGCAGAUGGGUGCCAUGGGCGAGCGGCAGGCACAGCAGGAGCACGCGCUCGCCCAGCGCAUCCAGGCUCUGGAGGAGCAGCGCGCGGCCGGCACCGAGACCUGCAUCUAGGCUGGGGGGGCCUCUGCAUGGCCACGGGGCCACUGCCUCCUCCGUGACUGGGGCAGGGGUCCCCGAGGCGUUGAGUUUUCGGCAUAGAAAUCCUACCCCACGGCCCUGCUCCUCAGUGCUGCAGCUGCUGAUCCCCGCAGACUCCAGGCACCAGGCUGGAGAGUAAAGCCGUGCUGGAAGGCUGCUCGGGUCCCUUUGCUUCCUCCUAAUGCAGUUGGACGCCGCAGGCCAUGUGCCAGGGGCACCGCGAUCCCCCUUGGAGCACGGCCAGGCCCAGGGGCCCGGGGUAGACGCCUGCAGACUCCCCUACCCUAAGGGGCAGUGGGGCAUCGGCUCCUUGCACCCAGGCUGCAGAGGGGAGGUCUCUGCCCAGGGCAGGUGCUGCAUAUACCCUCCCCAGAUGUGGGGUGCCAGCCGUGGGUCAGGGGAGGGCCUCGCUGCAAACGGGUCUGGGCACACAAAGGUGCGGCGUCUGCAUCUUCUCCGCCCCAGAUGCAGGGGGGCUGUGGCUGCGAGGAAGCCAGCUGAGCCCAGCGGCCCAGACGGUCCCAGGGGCCUUGCGGGAGACGCAGCAGAUGCCGGGCAGGCCCCGCUGCAUGGGCUGGCUCCCAGCCACCGCCCCGGCGCUGCUGCCCGUGGAGAGAUGGGUCAGGGCGGUCACUGCAGCUGCCCCCUUCCCCCCCCCACCCCGUCACCGGCUCCACGGAGCUGCUCCUGCAGUGGUGACAUGGGUUGGACGGCAGGAAACACGACCCCCCCCGGCACCCCGCCAACCUUGCGCGGCUGCCCCCAUGUUGGGGGGACCUGAGAGCAAGGCUCAUGCACUGAGAACAAAGACCGUCCCCCCACGGCCGCCCCCCUCCGCCCCGUAUCUCAUGGGCGCAGAUGAAGACAUUUUUCCCCCUGACAGUGGGAUCAAAGGUGACCGUGGCAGGAGGGCGCCAUGCAUAUUCAUGAGCAGACAGGCAGGGACCCUGCUGCAGGGCGGUGGGGCAAUGGUGCUGAGAGCAGGGUGGGGGGAGGCCUGCGUGCCAGUGCGUGCACGCUUUGCAUGUGUGUGUGUGUGUGUGUGUGUGUGUGUGUGUGUGUGUGUGUGUGUGUGUGUGCACGCGUGUAUGUGCCUACCCGUGCAUGCCUAGGACACCCUAAGCCCAGGGCCAGAGCUGGGGGGUGGGGAUUGUUGGUGCUUCAUCUCCCACAGAAAAGCCAACUCCCUGGACCCCCCUGGGGUUGCCCUUGCUCAGAGCCCUGGAGCCAGGCUGGGGGCAUCUCCCCAGCCGGGUGCACAUCCUUCUCCCAGCACCAAAGACCCGGCAGUUGAGGGGUCAGUGCCAGGGUCAGGGGGCAGCUGGCCAGGAGCCCGAGCCUUUGAUAUAGAGACACAGGAAGGGGCAUGCAGGGGGCUGAUCGUGUGCUGUGGGGCAGGACAAGCCCCCAGCUGACCCGGUGGGGUGGGUGGGUGCCCGUGUACGAGGGGUCCUGGCUGGGCCACAGGCCUCGGCGUGCCUGCGAGGAGCGGGUCCUGCGCAGGGGCCCCUGCGGGCUGCAGCGGGGCAUGCAUAUGCAGCAGCCCGCGGCCCCAGCGCAUGGCCUGACCCAUUGUCUGUGCCGCCAGCCCCCUCCCCUGCCCCCGUGUUGGCCCUUUCUUUUCUCUCCCCCGUCCCCGCCUCCCCAGGUGGAGGUUUCCCAGGGGAUGCCCCCCCUCCUGCGACAGCCGUGGCAGGGCUGACCUGCAGGUUGAAGGUCAGGGCUCUGCGCUCAGGCCCCCUUUCAGAUUCAAAUGGGGCCCCCGAGCGCGGCGAGCCGGGGUCAAGCUUCACCGAGAGCGCGAUGAAAGGGCCGGGGCGGCUGAUGCGGCUCCCAGCCGCCCCCGGCCCCUGGCCUCCCGGCGGGGGGGCAGGAGGGGCGGCAGGGCGGAACAGCCCCUUGCCCUCCCGUGAGCCACCCCCCCACCCAAACCCUGGGGGAAGUUUGUCACCCUGCAGGAAUGGCUGCCGGCACUGAGAUGCAGCCACCUCUGGGGUGGGACACAACCAGCGGCAUGGCGGAGCAAUGGGGCAGGGCCAGCAGGGGCCAUGCUGGGCUUGGCGGGUGUCUGAGCUGGCCCACGAGGCCCGGGUCACCAACCUCUCCUUCCUGAGCCUCACCCAGGUCUACCCCCAAGCCCUGCCCCUGCCCGCUGGACCAGCCAGACCCCUUCAGCCAUCCCCCAGCAGGGCCUCUGCCCUCCAGGGACCCAGCUGGCUGCGGGGCCAAAGCAGCAGAGAGACCGGGCAUACCUCCCAGGGCAAAGAGCACUGACGUGUCCUGGGCCGUU